AUGGCGAAGCGCAACGCGAUCGUGCGCAGACUGCCCUCGGUGGAGACGCUGGGCUGCACGACCGUCAUUUGCUCCGACAAGACAGGAACCCUCACGACCAACGAGAUGUGCUGCACCCGCCUUGCGCUGCCCAUCAGUGGCACGCAGAUGAGGUGCCACACGGUAGAGGGCCACACCUAUGCGCCCAUCGGCACGGUGGAAGACCUCUCCAUCGAUUGGGUGCGAGACAAGGCCAUCUGCAUGCUGGCCAGGGUCGCUUCUAUCUGCAACGAGUCGCGCCUAAGCGUGGACCUGUCCGGUCGGUGCAUCCGAACAGGCGAGCCGACGGAGGCGGCGUUGAGGGUGCUGGUGGAGAAGCUCGGCUGUCCAGACACUGCCCUUUGCACCAGGUGCCUGCAGAAGAGCAGGAGAACUUCGCGCGACGCCAUGGCCUUCUCGUCGUACUGGUCAGAGGACGUGGCGAAGCUGGCUGUACUGGAAUUCUCCCCGACCCGGAAGUCGAUGGCAGUAUUAGGUUCCGACCGCUCUCAGAGUGGAAACGUUCUGUAUGUCAAGGGCGCGCCAGAGAGUAUCCUGGAUCGGUGCUCAUCCAUUAUGCUGCCCGAUGGCCGCGUGGAGGCGCUCGGGCAGGCCGGCCGGCAGGCCGUCCAGGAGCAGUUCCUGGGGCUGGCGGGCGAGGCUCUGCGCACGCUCGCGCUGGCCGUGAAGCAGGACCUGAGGCCCCUCGGGCUCCACGACUACGACGGCCCUGCGCACUCGGGCCACUCGCAGCUCUCGGACCCGGCAAACUUCGUCAGGGUAGAGACCGACCUGACGUUCGUGGGCCUCGUCGGGAUCAUGGACCCGCCGAGGCCCGAGUGCAAGAAGGCUAUCGAAGACUGCAGGGUCGCCGGCAUUUCUGUUCUUAUGAUCACCGGGGACAACAAGGUGACAGCGGAGGCGAUCGCCCAGAAAUUGGGCAUCCUCAAGUCGGCGGACAACCUGAAGCAGAAGUCUUUCACCGGCAAG